UAAAACCCUAUGACCCGAGAUAAAAAAAAAUGCACUGAAUUCUUUUUCAUAAAGAAAAAAUUAUAAUUUAAUUUGAUUUUUUCGUAUUUUGGGUUAUGGUGUCAAAAUUGGCGUCUUUGACACCCUGGCGAAGAAGAAUUGAAUUAAUUUAACUAUAUUUUGGUCGAUUAUUGCCCAAGGAAUGCUCUUUAAAAGGAUACCAAAUUUGUUAAAAUCGGUUCAACCGUUAAGAAGUUAAAGCAGGUUAUUACAAAAAUUAUUGUCAAUAAACGUUCACCACCAUCUUUAUUUUCAAAAUAACUGAAUUUUUCUUUUUAUGAAAAUUCUCUUCUUGUACUCAACCUCUAGCUGUCUUAAUCAAUUAAAACUCAAUUUUUUCAAUUUUGACUAAGGGUAAGUGGGCAUCGACACAAUAUUUUACGCGAAUAAGUCUUCGUAAAACUUUAACGUACACUCGAGUAGUUUGUCUUACACUUCCUUGUAUUUGCUGAAUUCUUCAUCUUCAUCUAUGUAUAAACAUGUAAGAUUCAAAUUAAAAUAACUCAACCUUAAACCUGCUAAGCCAUGUUAAAUACUGUAACACGUAGCUUCAGAAGUCGACAACAACUUAUAAGAAUUUUAUCACAAGGCUAUUGUUUUGUUUAUGACGUGUUAAUCUUAUAAUCGGUGUUUCGCACUUUCCUUUCUGGAUCCGUUUCCGACGUGAAUACAACUUACAGUUCUAAGUAUUCCAAUCCCAGGUAGAAGGGUGCGGUCUUGAAGUCGUCUUAAUUAAGUCUUCAUUGGUCGUCGACGUCAUUGGAACAUACAUACACUAUCAAACCUACGAUUUAACACAAAUAAUUAAUGAGCCAACUUGUAAGUACUUUGCUGGAUCCUAUAUUUAUUUCCAAAUCAUUCAUUCUUAAAGAUUGCGGUAAAAUAAAUGCAGAUCUAAUUUCUGAUCAUUAGUUACUGUGACAUUAACAACAACUUAAAUGACAUAACAUACUGUGACAUUUGUAUUCCGAAAAUUAAAGUUCUCCCAAAAAUUUAAAAAUUUUUCUCCCAAAAAUAUAUCAUUGUUUUAAUACUUUUAAUUCUCAGAAUUUCCUUAUUAAUUUUCACUCCCUAGGCUGGCAUUCCAUUUUAAGAGAAAUUAUUAUAGAUAUUAAAAUUAGUAUUUUAAACAGCUUCAUUAUUAGAUUAUUAUAAUUAAUUAUUAAUAAGCAUGCUCUAAUAAAGACGCGAAAAAUUAAAAGCUGAGUGGUUGACCUAAGAAUGCCCGUCAGUGAUAAAAAUAAAGCUUUACAAUGAUUUAAAUUGACAAAAAAUAUACGUGACUGGAAUCAUUAUAAGCAGCUUAGAAACCUAUGUGCUACUAUGAUGCGCCGAGAAAAAUAAAACUUUUUAAAUUUUAUUGCUUCUCAAAACAAUAGUCAUAAAACUCGGUCAACACUUCGAAAUUUGGAUGUGCAUUCUUCCGACACCACAAAAAAGAUUUACCACUUCAUAUAUCCAAUCCCAACGCAAUUAACACUUAUUUUGCUCAGUUUUUUCAAAUUGUCAUUAAUAAUUCUCAUAAAAAAAAAAUUUUUGUAAUUCGAAUAUUUUUGAUGUAAGUAAUAAUUUUUCUUUUGGAUUGACUGAUCCAGAGGAGGUCAACAAAAUUUUGCAUGAAUUAAAAAAAAAACGGGGUACGUGAUUGGACUUCCACUAGCAAAAGUUGCAAAUUCAAAUGAAUUUUCUGACCUGCGUGUCAUCAGUAUUCUAGCUACAACUUUUAAAAUUUUCGAAAAGAUUAUAUACAAACAAAUUUACGACUAUUUCGUAUCUAAACAUUUAUUACCAAAUAAUCGGUGCGGAUUUAGAGUUUCUAAAAAGUACAUCUACAGCACUUGCCAAAGUAAGUAAUGAUAUCUUUGGAAGCGUGGAUCGUGGCACAGUGCUGGCGCUGCUUGACUAUUCUAAAGCGUUUGACACGAUAAACCAUAGGCUUAUAGUAUCUAAACUUAAAUAAUUGGUUUUUCUGAAGAAUCAACUUGUUUAAAUAAUUCAUAUCUAUCAAGUAGAUAUCAAAAAAAUUGCUACCAUAACAUAUAUUCUGAGAAACUAGAUAUACUAUCUGGUGUUCCACAAGGGUCCAUACUGCCCUUGCUGUUUAUUAUUUACACUGCUGAUAUUUUGUCGGCCUUAAAGAAUUGUCAUGUGAUGGCUUAUGCUGAUGACAUACAGCUAUAUAUGUCUUUUGAUCCUACUUAACUUAUCGCCGCCUCUGUUGCUUUAAAUGGUGAAUAAAAACUCCUAAGUGAGCUUUUGUUUGAACACAAUCUUAACCUAAAUUCGAAAAAAUCAAACUUGAUGGUUUUUGGUAGCAAGAAAGCAGUAGAGUUAGUAAAAUAAAAUAUGAAUGUUUGCGUAAAUAAUAAUAAGUUGCCUUUUUUAGAACUAGCGCAUAAUCUUGGUAUUCUUAUCGAUUCUCAAUUACGUUUUAGUUUACAUGUAGAAAUGUUAUGGCAGAAGGCAUUAACUAGGCUAAAGAUUCUUGUUGCUAAUAGACACUUUUUGAACUUUAAACUUAGAAAAAUUUUAACUGAGUCGAUCUUUCAAUCUUUAAUUAUUGUAAUUUUAUAUAUUCUCCUUGCCCUUAUAUCCUUCACAAAAACAUGAUACAAAUAAUGCAAAAUGCUUGCGCUCGUCUAAUUUUCGAUCUUUAAAAACGCGAUCACAUUUCUCAUAAAAUUAUUGAAUUAAAAUGGCUCAAAAUGGAAAAUAUUUGAAAGCAGCACUUAUGCGAUUUUUCGCUGAAACUAUUAUUUAUUCAUGAUCGUAAUUUUAAUAUUUUGCGCAAUAUUUUUAUAACACGACGUUCUGCAUAUUCUGUAAACCUAAGAAAUUUGACGGAAUUUUCGAUGCCUCAAUUUCGAACUGCUUUUUAUACUAGAUCCUUUUCUUACAAUUCAAUUAGCUUAAUAAACUUUCUUCCCGAUGAAUUUCGCCUCUUUAAUUUCAAUAAAUUUAAGUUUAAAUUAAAAAAAUAUUUAUUAGAAAAAGAAAAUUGUCCGGUAAAUGAGUGACCUGGCGUUUUCUCUUCUUUUUUCACACAGAACUUAUUUUGUAUUUAUAUUAUGGUACACUACCACUUUGCUGCCCCAGUAUUAUUUUAUUUUUAUUGCUUUGUAUUGCUUUCUACUCCAUACAGAAGUUGAUCCUUGUGCUUUUGUCUAUGUUUAUUUUUACUCUCAGUUCAGUCUAUACAUUUUACUCAUUAUACUAAUUAAUUUUUGUUAAGUAUAGAUGUAUGUAUGGUUAAGUAGAAUACUAUUUGUUGGCUAGACUUCGCCAUCCAUGCACUAUUAGGUGUAAGUAAUGAUUAUUACGAACGUAUUUUGUUUCAUCUAAUAAAAGGCCUUAUUUAUUUAUUUAAAUAUAGUGGUAUUCAUAUUUUCUGUAGUUUUUGUGUUUUAUUUCUACCCAAAAAAUCCUGAUUUUUUUUUUAAAUAUAUAGAUCAUGUCGAACAUCUUCGUUACGUCCGAAAAUCGUUAACAAUACUUGCAUUAUGGUCUUCUAAAGUAGUUCUCAAGACGUUAUAUUGAAGAAGUCUUGAGGCUGUGACAUUUUAGCGUCACCCUGACAUCUUAUAGAUAUCACCCAGUCAUUUACGUCCUAAAUUAUUGAUUUUACUAAGUAUAUUAACUAUGUUUGCCUAAAGGAUCCUUAUUUCGGACCUAUUAUGGCCUAACAUGUUGGCAUUAUAGGAAUUUAACAGGUUUUAAGUGUCAUUUGACCAGAAAUUUUUUUUACGUACGUUGGCACUAAUAUAUUUAAAUGAUAAAUUUAUACAGGUUACGGUUCUCCUAUUAUACCAUUACUACUGAUUUAUAUUUUACUAAAAAGUAGUAGUUUCUUAUUAUUAUUUAGACUUACAUAAUAUAUAAAAAGAUUAGAUAUUAUAUGUUUAAUCUUAUAUUAACCAAUAAAAACUUUGUUCUAUUAAUGUAUAUGAAACACCGAUUUCCUUUCCUUUAUUCCAUCUCCAAAACUCCGCAUCAAGACGCCACAGAAGCGCUCACAUACGACCGCCGGUCAACAUUCCACGACAAAAAGGCGCAAACUCCAGCACUCUGCAAUGGAAAUUCUAUUUGGAAAAUUCAACUUUCCAUUAGUUUCACGCGACUCGCUCCCUAUUGCCGUCGCGUCCGAAAUUCCGAAUUGCUACCGGAAGUUGUAUAUGGGACAGCAGGGGUCUGCCAAGAAGUUUUCUUGCGAAAGUUGAAUUAAAAGUUUUUCGUAGUAAGGUGAAUAUGGGCAAGAAAAACUCGAAGUUGAAGCAAGACACCAUUGACAGGCUGACAACUGCGACUUAUUUUACAGAAAAGGAAAUCAGGCAAUGGCACAAAGGAUUCCUCAAAGACUGUCCCAAUGGAUUACUAACAGAACAAGGUUUCAUUAAAAUCUACAAACAAUUCUUCCCACAAGGAGAUCCGUCAAAGUUUGCCUCGCUAGUGUUCAGGGUAUUUGAUGAGAAUAAUGAUGGAUCAAUAGAAUUUGAGGAAUUCAUCAGGGCACUUUCAGUGACGUCAAGAGGAAACCUGGACGAAAAACUACACUGGGCUUUCAGGCUAUACGAUGUAGACAACGAUGGUUUUAUAACCAGAGACGAAAUGUACAACAUAGUUGAUGCGAUAUACCAGAUGGUGGGUCAGCAACCAUCCGAAGAUGAAAACACUCCACAAAAACGAGUGGACAAAAUCUUCGACCAAAUGGACAAAAACCACGACGACAGGUUGACUCUAGAAGAAUUCAGGGAGGGAUCCAAGGCUGACCCCAGGAUUGUCCAGGCUCUGACUUUGGGUGGUGAAUAACAUAGGGAGGAAGGCAUUAAGCCUGAACCUGUAUGACAUCAUUCUGGAUAAAAAGCAUGCCAAUAUUUUGAUAUUGUGAGAAAAUUUAUUGUUGGAUAUUAUUUCGUGAUAAAUUAGGCAUUCUCCCAUUUAAUUACACGUAAUUUAAAUUUUAUGCAACUAGAAUACCUAAUUUAUUGAAACAAACACAAAUGAGUAAUUGCUGUAAAUAUUAAGGCUUAAAAGUCUAUUAUGUAGUUAACAUGUUGUACGCCAGUAUAUAUAAAUGCCAAAUAAUGAAUGACUUCGUCUAUAUUGUGAUAAUGUUUAAGGUUUUACAUAAUAUUUAGUCCUAUGGCAGGUAUAAUUUAAAGACUUGCAAAAGAUUUUAGGGUAGUAUUGCACGCCGUGGCUUUAUAGAAUAUAAGAGUUAAGUGUUCGCAAUAAAAUAUAUUUUUUUGAAACGUCAACGCUUACAAAUAAGAAGACAAUAUUGAAUAUUUUAUAGCUGUUGAAUGACGUUACUAUAAAAUUGGUUCUAUAUUUUUUAAAAAUGUUAAAGAUGCCGAUAUAUCCACAUUUGCUUUUACCAUUGUGCUCUUUGGUCUUUGAAUUUUAUUGCGAACUAUUGCAAAUUUUGUCUAUUACUCUUUAAAAUUAACUUUUAAGCGCAAACAAUUUGACAAUCAAAAUUUCAAUGUUUGUGCUAUCGUAUUUUAGCCCUUUAUACCCUCAAAUAAUU